UUUUGAUACAAAAAAUAAUUAUAACCAAAUCUGUAUUAACCAGUCAUUAUCAACCAAGAACAACAUAACCAUUCAAACGUAAUGCCAUCGGAGAUGGAAACUAAGAGGAGCUUGGUUGGGAAUUAUACUAUCCCAUUCUCAUUGGCGGAAGAUCUACGUCAUGAGCAUAAACAAGAUGAUUCUAUAACGUCUGAAGAGCUAAAGAAAGAUAUAACCAAGAACGAAUAUAAUCAGAAACGAUAUCAACGAGCAGAAGAAUUGGACUUUAAUAAGUCGUUGUCGUAUAAGCAGAAGAUGGAAAUGCGAGAACUUGAACGUGAAGAGAAGAGAGUUAAAGCUUUAAUUGAAGAGAAGCAAAAGGAAGUUCAGAAACAAUCUAUAGAGCAAGCACCAGAAGCAAAUACAAGAAGAAUAAGGAAAAGAAGAUGGGAUGUUACGCCAGAAGAAUAUGAAAGAGAAAAACGAAAGACAACAAAUGGUGAUUCAAGUAAAGUGCUAACGAAAUUAGAUACAAGUAAAAAAGUUGCAAUCAUCAAUGGUAUACCCUUAACAGAUGAGACCUUGGAUAAAAUACUCCCACAAGGAUACGUUAAAGUAACUCCACCAUUGGGAUCCAUACAUCAUGACGAAUCAAGUCCAGACUUUACAGAAGCACCUAUUGAUGUAUAUGUUCCACCUGCAGAGAAUUCAGAUCAUAAUACUGCAUUAGUGGCCGAAGAACAAAUACCCACAGAUAUACCAGGAGUGAAAGGAUUACAAUUCUUUAAAGCUCAUGAUAUGAAAUAUUUCGGAAAAUUAAUCCAUGUAACAGAUAUAAAAACAGAUGAAGAAAGGAAAGAAAUUAAUGUAAUGAAAUUAUUACUUAAAGUUAAAAAUGGAUCUCAAAUAGUAAGAAAAAGGUCUCUCAGACAACUCACUGAUAAUGCCAGGAAGUUCGGAGCUGAGGUAUUACUUGGUCAACUAUUGCCACUUUUAAUCGAACGAAGCUUAGAACCUCAAGAAAGACACGUGUUAGUUAAAUUGGUAGGAAGAGUGUUAUACAAUUUGGAUGAUCUUGUUAGACCAUACACGCAUAAGAUAUUGGUUGUUAUAUCUCCAUUAUUAAUAGAUGAAGAUUUCAAUUUACGAUUAGAAUCAAGAGAAAUAAUAUCAAAUUUAACUAAAGCUGCUGGGAUGGCUAAUAUGAUUUCCAAUUUAAGACCAGAUUUGGACAAUGCUGAUGAAUAUAUUAGGAAUAUAUCAUCUCGAGUUUGUGCUAUUGUGGCGAAUACAUUAGGUUUACAAUCAUUCUUACCAUUCUUAAAAGCGGUAAUCAAAUCAAAGAAAAAUUGGAUGGCUCGUCAUACUGGUAUUAAAAUUGUACAACAAUUGUGUAUCGUAUUAGGUGAAGGUAAUGGUAGUUCCAUAUUACCGUAUUUAUCUCAAUUAGUCGAAAUCUUGAAACCAACAUUGAUGGAUGAAGUUUUGCAGGUCAGAACAAUAACAGCAUUGACUUUUGCGCAAAUGGCUGAUAAUGUCAAGCCGUAUGGUAUUGAAUCUUUUGAACCAGUGUUAGAACCAGCUUGGAUUGGAUUGAAAAGACAUAGAGGUAAAGCUUUAGCUAGUUUUUUGAAAUGUCUUGGAGCUAUUAUUCCAUUAAUGCAACAUGAUACUAGUUAUGAAGAGUAUUCGAAUUAUUAUUCAAAGGAAAUUGUCACAAUUAUAGUUCGAGAAUUUAAUUCACCGGAUGAUGAUAUGAGGAAGACCAUUCUUAGGAUUCUUUCAAUAUUGCCAUUGACCAGAAAAUUAAUUCCAAAAUUCAAUGAUGAAAUUAUUGCUCCCUUUUUUAAAUCAUUCUGGAAUAGAAGAACAGCAUCAGACAGUCCUCAAAUAACUAAAUUGGUUGUUGAAGUCACUAAUGAAUUAGCUAAGAAAUUUGAUUUCUUAGAGGUUUUGGAGUAUAUCAUCAUAUUCUCAAAGGAUGGAAAUGAACAAUUAAGAAAAUUAGCCAUAUCAGCAAUAUAUAAAAUGGUCUCGUCCAACCCUGAUGAACUUCUUGCAUUAGAUUCAAGACUUGAAACCAAAUUGGUCGAUGGUGUCCUUUACGCAUUUCAAGAGCAAACAGAUCAUAAUAGAAUCUACUUACAAACAUUUGGAGCUGUUGCUAAAGCUCUUAAUGUGAGAUUGCAACCACAUAUGAAUUCAAUCAUCAGUACUAUUCUUUAUCGAUUAAAAAAUGAACUGGCAGAAAUCAGACAACAAGCAGCAGAUUUAAUAACAUUAAUUGCCCCCGUUAUUAAACAAUGUUCUCAAGAUGACGAUGAUAUUCUUCGUAAAUUAAUCUUGAUAUUAUAUGAAUCAUUAGGUGAAGUGUAUCCUGAAGUAUUAGGUUCAUUGAUUAACGCUCUUUUUGCAUGUAUUGACACCAUGGAUAAAUCAGCUUUAUAUGUCAUGCAAAAUCCAUCAGUUAAUCAAAUCCUUCCUACUUUGACUCCUAUUUUGAAAAAUAGACAAGAAAAAGUUCAGGAAGCUUCUAUUAAAUUAGUAGGAUUAAUCGCCACCAAAAAUCCAGAAACCAUUAAUGCCAAAGAAUGGAUGCGUAUUUGUUUUGAAUUAUUAGAAAUGUUAAAGUCAACUAAAAAGAGAAUUAGAGUGGCUGCUAAUGAUGCAUUUGGAUUCAUCGCUAAGACUAUUGGUCCACAAGAUGUAAUAGUUAUGUUAUUGAACAAUCUUCGAGUUCAAGAACGUCAAUUGAGAGUGUGUACAGCCGUUGCCAUGGGUAUCGUGGCGGAAACAUGUUCGCCAUUCACUGUUUUACCAGCUAUUAUGAAUGAAUAUAGAAUUCCGGAAAAGAAUGUUCAAAAUGGUGUUUUGAAAGCACUUACGUUUCUUUUUGAAUAUCUUGAAGGAUUUACAGCUAAAGAUUAUUUAUACGCCAUAACUCCAUUAUUAGAAGAUGCAUUGACUGAUAGAGAUUUAGUUCACAGACAAACAGCAGCAACAGUAAUAAAACACAUUGCAUUGAAUUGUGUGGGUUUAACAAAUGAUGAAGUUUUCAUUCAUUUUUUAAAUCUUGUGUUACCUAAUAUUUAUGAAACUUCACCUCACGUUAUUAUGAGGAUCCUUGAAAGUAUAGAAGCUCUUAGAAAUGCUAUUGGUAAUGGUAUUUUUACAAAUUAUAUAUGGACUGGGUUAUUCCACCCUGCAAGAAAGGUUAGAAGUCCUUAUUGGAAAAUUUACAACGCAGCUUAUGUUCAUAAUGUUGAUUCAUUAGUACCAUAUUAUCCACGAAUUGAGGUUCUUCCAGACUCUGAGGAUAUUAACUACAAUAUAGAUGAAUUAGAUUUAUUUUUGUAAUAAUAAUAAUAAUAAUAAUAAUAUAAUAAAGGUCUAACAUUUUUCAAAGUAUACAAUUAAUUUG